GCCGGCCAUUUUGUUUUGACAGAAUAUGAAGACUUUUUUACGCUGAAAUUACCGUAUUCAUCCAGAGGAAAAGCCAUGUCUUCAACACAGACUGUAACUCAAGGAAAACUUCAAAACUCCAGAACUCACGACUACCUUUAUGAUCCACUGUACACUUUAUCAAGUGAUAGAGACCAUGCAAGAGCAACGUUUAAGGCGCACACUGGGACAGAUAGAAUUAAACGAGUUCCACAUUUCAAGACAAUGUUCAGUGACCUGCGUCACUAUCCAAGAUACAGCAUCCACCUGGAGGUGACAGACCCUGUGCCUAAGUUCAUACCACGACAGUGGAGGGGAUAUGCUGAUCAAGAUAGAGAAGCUCUCAUCAGAUACACCAAGUUCAACUAUGAUCCAUCAGUUCAAGUUCCUCCUAAACAUCAUGAGAAAGUGCAUGUUUCUGGGACAGACCGAUAUAAGUUUUUCCGCAGGCCAAUUAUUCCAUUUUUGCAGCAAGUUCCUCCAGAUGUUCUCUUGCAGUCAUCUAAAAUGGACCCCUUAGCUGCCCCUGAAAUGGAAGCUGAAAGGCCACCCACCCCAGCUACACGCACAGUAGAAGUACAAACUGAUUACAGAGACAGUGAGACACAAACAGACCCAUAUACUCCAGAGUAUGUUGUACGACCAGGUUCACAACCCGAGCUGCUCACACUGGCUACUCUUUCAUAUGGUCAUGGCUUGCCAGCCGGACUAGCGGAAGUAGAGAUGAUUGAAAGAGCAAGGGCCAAACGAGCAUGGGAAGCAACACUUCCAGCUCUGAAUGACACAGAAAAUCUUGAAAAGAGAAAGCGAAUGAUGGACGAACAAGAACGAAGAGAGUGGUCAUUCAGAGAACAAGAAAUUGAGAAGUUGCAAGAGGCACGACUUGAGGUGUUGAAGAGAAUCCUUGAACAAAGAGAGGAAGAUCACGCUGAGCUGAACACAAAGAGACUGGAUAGACUAUGGUCAAACAAGCAACAAGAAAAAGAUAAGAAAUUUCAAAGAAUUCAAACGGAGCAUAUCAAAACUGUGAGAAAGUUAAAUGAAAAAAGACGUACAGUAGAAGGCAAACUGGAGCGACGAGACAUAGUGCGAGACUAUUCUAAGUUCGACUCUCAGACAUAUGCUCCUAUGUCUCGUGUGGGAGUAUUCGUGGACCGGGGAUCUGAACAGUAUAAUGUGAAGAGCUUCCAUCUGAACACCUAUCAGGGCCUUCUUGAGCUAGAGGCUUCACUCCCAGACUUUGUGACGCAGCCCCGGAUUCAGGCUCCGAAGCCAAAGUCCAGCGGCAAGGGAGGCUUUGUCAAAAGGAAGCAGCGACGUCAGAGGGAGCUGGAAGAGGUGGCGAAUGCGAUUGAGUUAGCGAAGAAACCGCCAGAGCCUGAAAAACCUUUGAAGUUUUUGGUGAAGGUGGAGAAACCGAUACCGCGCCCCCCGACCCCAUCAGUGCAAGUUCCAUCCCAGCUUGAAGAGGAACAGGAGCUCGCCUUGAUUUUCUUGCAGAAAGUUAUCCGUGGUCGUGCCAUUCAAAAUAUGAUGUUUGAAGGAAAGGAGAAGCGUCUAGAGUUGAUUCAAGAGCUACGCAGUACGCAUGCGUUGCAAGAAGCUGGGCAGGUAGAAAAGAGAAAUGAGCGACAAGCUGUGUUGAGCUUGCAGAGGCAGAGGAGACUGGAUACUAACAAGGAAUCUUUUGUGGAAGAAGCCUUAGCUCAGAUGGAAGGCUCGACCCUUGCAGACAUGUUUGACUUCUUGAGUAAGGAGCUGAUUCGACUUCAGGAAGAGAGAAGAAUCCAUGCUUUUGCCAUGUUGGCUGAACGACAACGAAGGAUUCGUGAAGCCGAAGAGGGCGGACGAAGACAACUUGAAGAGAGACGGCGGCGCGAAGAAGAUGAGAUUUUCAAACAGGUUGUCAAGGUUCAUCAGUCUACUGUUGAUACGUACCUUGAGGAUAUCAUUAUGGGAGCCAUCGACAAAACGGCCGAAGAACAGGCUCGUAAAGAAAUCCAAGACCAAGCAGAGAAGAUCAACCAAAUUGCUUACGACAUGGAGAAAACCCGAACCAGACUUCAAUCUGAAGAAAUUGUUGCCGAGCUGGUCACGUCGUUCUUGUUGCCAGAAGUGCAGAAAAUCACCAUGAGAGAGAACGUGAAGAGAAGCCAAAGGAAACAUCUUCUUGCAGCUCAUAGGAUUAUCCAUGGCGAAACAGAGCCUGUUAUGGAACAGUAUCCGCAACCAGAGCCUCCGAUGGAAGUAAAACAACCAGAGAAACAACCUGACGAACCGGUGGAACCUGAAAGGCCACCUUCAGGGCAACAAGUGUCAUCCCGACCACCUUCGGGUCAAAAGCCGUCGUCUCGACCUUCGUCGAUGAAAUCUUCGCCUUCGAGACCGGUGUCCGGAAAAUCACACAAAUCGGACGUUGGAAGCUCUAAACAGCCAUCUCGAACAGCCAGCCCAAAGUCCGAACAAUCCUCAAGAGCAGGGUCACCAAAGACGCGCGGUUCCUCUCGUCCAAGUACGGCCAGGUCUCGGCCUCAUUCGUCUCCUUCUCGUCCCUCGCCGGAACCUUCAAACGCUACCGACGAGGCGUCAUAGAGCAUUUAAACACAAUUUUGAAAGUUAAAAUUUCAUAGACUUCCUAGUAGAGAGAAACAAUUCAUUCGAUCAUUCCAUCUGCGAUGCUAUAAGUGAAUUUCAUGUUUUAAUUUGCCGGGUAAUAACAAUCUGUUAUGGGAGAGGAUUCAUAGAUUUUCAUCUAUAGAUCACCACCAUCGUCCUCUAAAGUACAUACGUUAGGUACUAUUCUUGUAAAUAAAACUCAUUAUGCAUAUUA